AUGGAAAUCCUCCCUUCCGGCUUAGUUAGUGUCACCAACAUUUCAAACAUUUCAUCGUCUCCCGACAGUGGGCAGAUCCCCGCCGUUGGAUCCCAGAAGCUCUCCUUCUUUGAUCACUUCUAUGUCCUCGCUCCGCCGUCCAAACAGCUACUAUUCUACCGCACCGAGGCAGCCCACCUCCCAGACGUAGUAGAGAAGCUUAAAAGCGCACUGUCAUUGACUCUACACCAUUUUUACCCACUCACUGGGAUGCUCACAUGGUCACCAGAAUCGUCAGUGUUGGAGAUCCAUUACAGUGAGGAUUCUCAUGGUGUGGUGUUCGUAGAAGCCGAAUGUGGGGCCGACUUUGAGCGAUUAGUCGGUGAAGAUGUGCACGACAAGGAUGUUUUUGCGGACCUUGUGCCGGCUUUGAACUUCACAGAGUUCCCGGCACCAAUGAUAUCGCUACAGGUCACUACGUUCGCUGGUAGUGGCAUUUCCAUAGGUAUCACUAUCAAUCACAUGGCUGUCGACGGUCAGGCAUAUUGGAAUUUUGUCAAGUCAUGGGCGGAGCUCUGUCGAACGGGUGAACUUGUCGAGCGCCCUUGGCUAGACCGUUCGAUCAUUAAGGACCCUUGUCAUCUCUCCAGCCUCUACCUACGGACCUUUGCCCCCACUUUGCCAAAGUUGAUCAGAUCAGGGUCACUUGCAUCGAGGGCAUCUGAUCUUGUCCGUAGAAAUUUCAUUCUCACGUCCAAGGACAUAAAAUCACUGAAAGAGCGAUUGAUGAAUCACACAACCAAAGGUUUAGUCGCGGUCUCAUCAUUCGUGGCUGUGUGCGCUCAUGCAUGGGCAUGCACAGCUCAGGCCCGAGGCGUAAAAGAUGAUGAAACCACCAUCUUCAGUUUCCUAGCCGAUUGCAGAACGCGUCUGAACCCUCCGUUGCCUCAAAGCUAUUUCGGAAACGCCAUAAAGCCUUGCCUUGUAGAAGCCAAGGGAAUUGAAUUGUCCAACCAGGAGGAUGGGCUCAUGUUCGCGGCUACAGCUAUUCAAAAGGCCGUCCGUAAGGCUCUGGAAGACCCCCUCAGCAAUUGCAAUACUUGGCCCGUUUGGGUUAGCAAGGCCUUUGGACCUCCUUCGGCAACGAUCGUGAACGUCUACUCAUCGCCAAGAUUACAGGUCUACGGUGCAGACUUCGGGUGGGGAAGGGCUGAAAGAGUUGAACUGCUCCCCACAAGCAGAUGUGGUAUAAUGAUUUUCUCGGAUGCAAGAGAUGAAGGGAACGUGCAGGUGUCCAUGGCUCUUCCACCAUCUGACAUGGUUAGGUUUUUCUCACUCUUCAUGGAUGGCAUGGAAGCGUCUUCCAACAAAAACUAG